CUUACGCUCUGUGACUUUAAAAAUUGUACCUGCCUUUAAAAGGCGGACCUGGCAUGUUCAGUGACAUGGAAGUGAGUGAAUGAGGACGUACAGAUGGCCGGCUGUUUCCUGGCUUCAGCGUUAGCCUCUGUGAGGUCGUCGGCAGGCGGGAUUUUCGAGCAAAUGGACGGACCCGUCUCCCUGGUCAGCGCUGAGGAGCUGGCCUUCAAAUUUGCCGUCAACAACAUCAACAGAAACAGGACCUUACUGCCCAACACCACGCUGACGUAUGACAUACAGAGGAUUAACAUCUACGACAGCUUCGAGGCAUCCAGGAAAGCGUGCGACCAGCUGUCCCUGGGAGUGGUGGCCAUCUUCGGGCCGUCGCACAGCUCGUCGUCCAACGCCGUGCAGUCCAUCUGCAACGCGCUGGAGGUGCCCCACGUGCAGGUGCGCUGGAAGCACCACCCCAUGGACAACAGGGACACUUUCUACGCCAACCUGUACCCCGAUUACUCGUCACUCAGCUCCGCCAUCCUCGACCUGGUGCAAUUCCUCAAGUGGAAAACGGCCACCGUGGUCUAUGACGACAGUACGGGCUUGAUAAGACUGCAGGAACUGAUCAUGGCGCCUUCCAGGUACAACAUCCGGCUGAAGAUCCGACAACUGCCGGUGGACACGCAGGACACGCGGCCCCUCCUCAAGGAGAUGAAGAAGAGCCGCGAGUUCCGCAUCAUCUUUGACUGCAGCCACCACAUGGCCGCGCAGAUCCUCAAGCAGGCCCAGACCAUGGGGAUGAUGACAGAGUACUACCACUACAUCUUCACCACUCUGGAUCUGAUGGCCAUUGAUCUGGAGCCGUAUCGCUUUUGUGGCGUCAACAUGACAGGCUUCCGCAUCCUCAACGUGGACAACCCCCUGGUCUCCUCCAUUGUGGACAAGUGGUCCACGGAAAGGCAGAUACCGCUGAAACCUGACUCGGGCCUCCUGGAGGGCAUCAUGACGACAGAUGCGGCUCUGACAUACGACGCCGUCCACAUCGUGUCGGUCUCCUACCAACACGCGCCGCAGAUGACCGUCAACUCGCUGCAGUGCCACCGCCACAAACCCUGGCGAUUUGGCGGCCGCUUCAUGAGUUUCAUCAAAGAGUCUCACUGGGAUGGAUUGACUGGGAGACUCUCGUUCAACAAGACAACUGGAUUGCGUACAGAUUUUGACCUGGACAUCAUAAGUCUGAAGGAGGAUGGACUAGAAAAGGUCGGCAAGUGGAGUGUAUCGGGAGGGCUCAACAUCACAGAAGUGCCCAAGCGAAAAGGGAUGAACAUCACAGAGUCGCUGGCCAACCGCUCACUGGUCAUCACCACCAUCCUCGAGGAGCCAUACGUCAUGCUUAAGAAGUCUGACAAGGCACUCGUCGGGAACGACCGCUUUGAAGGCUUCUGUGUCGACUUGCUCAAGGAGCUCGCCUCCGUGCUGGGCUUCUCGUAUGAGAUCCGAUUGGUGCUCGACGGAAAGUACGGCUCCCAGGACGACAAGGGCCAGUGGAACGGCAUGAUACGCGAACUCAUUGAACACAGGGCUGACUUGGCGGUGGCUCCCCUCACUAUCACCUACAUGCGUGAGAAGGUGGUGGACUUCACAAAGCCCUUCAUGAGCAUGGGCAUCAGCAUCCUGUACCGCAAGCCAAACGCCACCAACAACGGCUUCUUCUCCUUCCUCAACCCCAUGACGCCUGACAUUUGGAUCUACAUCCUGCUGGCCUACCUGGGUGUCAGCUGCGUCCUUUUUGUCAUUGCCAGGUUCAGCCCAUACGAGUGGUAUGACGCCCACCCUUGCAACCCAGGAUCUGACGUGGUGGAGAACAACUUCACGCUGCUGAACAGCUUCUGGUUCGGAGUGGGCUCCUUGAUGCAACAAGGCUCAGAACUGAUGCCCAAGGCCCUGUCGACCAGGAUCAUCGGUGGAAUCUGGUGGUUCUUCACGCUCAUCAUCAUAUCGUCCUACACGGCCAACCUGGCGGCGUUCCUCACCGUGGAGAGGAUGGACUCCCCCAUGGAUUCCGCCGACGACAUCGCCAAGCAGACCAAGAUCGAGUAUGGCGUGGUCCGUGAUGGUGCCACCAUGACUUUCCUCAAGAAAUCAAAGGUUUCCACUUUUGAGAAGAUGUGGGCCUUCAUGAGCAGCAAGCCGAGCACGUCGCUGGUCAAGUCCAUCGAGGACGGCAUCCAGCGGGUGCUGAAGUCCGACUACGCCCUCAUUAUGGAGUCCACCACCAUCGAUUACAUCACCAGACACAACUGCAACCUUACGCAGAUGGGGGGCCUCAUCGACAGCAAAGGCUACGGAAUCGGCACUCCCCUCGGCUCGCCAUACAGGGACAAAAUCUCCAUAGCCAUCCUGAACAUCAUGGAGGACGGUCGCCUACACAUGCUGAAGGAGAAGUGGUGGAGUGGGAGCAGCUGCUUGGACGACGAGCGUCGAGAGACGGGCGCCAUGGGGAUCCAGAACCUGGGCGGCAUAUUCAUUGUACUGGCAUCUGGCCUGGUGCUGUCGGUCUUUGUGGCCAUCGCCGAGUUUGUCUACAAACUGAGGAAGACGGCGGAGAGGGAGCAGGUCUUUGUGCAGCGCCAUGGUGGACGAGAUCAGACUGUCGUUCACCUGCGAGAGGCGGGUGAAACACAAGUGGCAGCCCCCGGCCGCGGCGGCAGUUGUGAAGACGGAUGCGGUGAUCAACAUGCAUGCUUACAACGACCGCCGUCUCCCCGGAAAGGACAACCUGAGCUGCAGCGCUGGGAUGACCCCCGUGUUCCCGUAAGUCUGCGCUCUCCGCAGGUCAAGAGCCUCCUGAGCAAUGUGUCAGGGGCGCUGCCCGAGACCAGAGACAACAGCAUCGACGGGAUCCUCCGGUUCGCCAUGAACCACAGCGACAUGGGGACGCUUACCAAACACGGACAACUCAAAAUGGCGGCAUCAGCCACGCAGGUAUGACAACGCAGAUCUGAAAAAAAGACAUUAUGUUGAAGAAAGUAUCUUUCAUUCUGUUCCUCGGAGAAGAAGUCAUCGGGCCGACGGUUACGUGCGCCACACAAAUACACACAACAAAUCAGCUGAAAGACUGGACUGGAAAAAAAGAAGGCAAUAAAUAACAAUUCUGGUUAUUGUAAUGUUACCUCAAAGAGACUGUGUUGCAUAACGAACCACAGGAUGGAAAAACGUUUCCUCCAGUAGACGCAGUUAAAAACACACAUUUUGAGGUUGUCUAAUUUCACAACGACGUAAGCAAUUAAAAUACCGGUGCAAGAUAAAGCCGCCUUUGUCCCUGUGUCGUUCACGGGAUUUCCAUAUAUUUAAGCCCAAGUAGGCCUCACGCAAGCAUGACUUUGUACACAAGUGGACUGUUCAUCUCUUAAAGGAAAAAAAAAAAAAAGUUCCUUGCCAAAGAUGUGA